AUUCUUGUUUUCAUCCAGUUCCACGACUUCUCCCUUUCAAAAGAUUUUCUCUUUCGCAUUUUCAUUUUAUUUAUUUCACUUUCGUAAAAGAUUCGAAAAUGAUUUUAUUUUUAUUUUUAUUCCUGUUGUUAGGAUUUUGUAUCGCACCAUUAUCGGCCCAAUCUCCAUCGACUUCCGAUGCUCCGGGAGCUUUGUUGUCAUCUCUCGUAGGUAAAAGCCAUCAAAAACUACCACUGGCUCCAUCAAUGGAAGCUCUUGAACUGAUGGGUGUUCAAUUUGUUGAUGCUCUCAUCAAAAAAGGUCAAAUGGAAAUGGCAAAAGGAGCAUUUAAGACUCAAUUAGAAGUUCUAGAGAAAGUACAUCCUGAUCAAUUCGAUAAGUACAAAAAGCUAAAAGUUGAUGAUUUGGCAGCUGAUGCAGUUAUGCAACAGGCGGAGAUGGCAAAAUUACAGCCUAAAUCAGGAAAUGCAUUUAUCGAUAUGUUGAAUGGAAAUGGAAUCCCAAUUGGUAGCAGUAUUCGUGGAUUAGAAGAUGCUAUCCGAACGCAGAGAGAUAUGGAAAAUACGGAUCCGUCCGAACAGAUUGCCAAAGCCGUAAUGGACAAAUUUCAAACACAAAUUCUCCCAGGACUCGUUGCAAAUAUGAUCGCUGGCAAGAACCCCUUUAAAAUGCCUCAACAAAUGAGAAAAGCUCAAGCUGCUCCAUCGUCAGUGUUCCAACAAGCUCUUGCUCAAAGAGCAAUGUUAGGUAAAAAUGCCCCAGUUGCCGGUGGAAGAGGUGAAGAACAACGGAUGAUGAUGAAUCGAGUGGACCAAAGAAUGCAACAAAGAGAACUUCAAGAGGAAGAUGAAGAUGAUGAUGAUCUUGAGGACGAGGAUGUACCCAGAAGAAGAAGUUCGGAUGGAGAACCACAAAGUGAAGCAGAGCAUCAGAGAAGAGAUUUAGCCAGGAGAUUGAAAAGUAGUCCUAGAUUAAAAGAGCUUUUACAGAAUGCGGAAGUUCAAUCAUUGCUCUCUUACCAACGAAUGAGGGAUUCUCCACUGAGCAAGCGAAGGCCUUUGGCUAUGAACGAUGAGGAUGAAAGUGCAUUCCGCGCAAUGGAGGCUCGUGCAAAACUAGAUCAAAAAUCUCAACUUGUGCUCGGUCUCCAUGGUUUUGGAGAGUCUGAUGAUGAUGAAGACGAAGAAGAUGAAAAUUUGAUUGAUCCAUCUGAAAAUUCAUUCCGUCGUGCACCACUUCGUCUUUCUUCCGGAUUCGUUGAGAAAUUAAAGUCAAAUGAUGAAUUGAAAAGUGCAUUGGACAGAAUUAAAUAUCGAGUUGAUGACGUGGAAAAGUAUCUUGCUCCAAAGCCGAUGGAAUUCAAUCCAAAACCUCAGCCUGGCUACUUUGCUCCACGUAAAAUCCCAACAAGACCACGUAAAAUGCUUCCAUUAUUAAUUGGAUCUGAUCCAAAAGUUCAAGAGGAAAUACGAAGACAUCCAAGUACCGAAUGGAAAAUUGCAAAAGAAUCAAGAGUUUUGACAAAUUUGAAGAAUAAUCCAAGUCUUGCUGCAUUGUUCAUGGAUGAUAAAUUAGAGAAUACAUUGAAAGGAAGGCAAAUGUUAACUGAUGAACAGAAAGGUAGAACACGUGUCAAAACAAUUCGUGCAUUACCAAGACUGUUCGGUGCACCAACUGCAAAAGCUGAAAUGAUUGAUGCAAAGGUAUUCCAAGAUAUUGAAGAACGUCCCAUUCCUCCAUUGUUCUUUGAACCAAAAGGAAGGCAUACGAGAUUGAGAUGGACUGGAGCAAAUGAAAAAGAAAUUCCAGGACUUGGAAGUCGCUUCAUUCUCCCAUCUCUUGAUCCAACUAUGCCAGCCUUGAACACGGCUUUCUCGACUCAGGGGCGAGCCCGUGACGAGUGGGAUACCAUGUUCAAAAUCCCGAAUAACUGGAAUCCUGGAGAUGAAGUUGGGUUCAAAAUGAACUCAAAAACCAAACGAUUCGUUGGAGGAAAUGGAGCAUUUGAUAUGCCUGCACUGGGAUUGUAGAUACAUACAUUCCAAUUAGUAAUAAUAAUAAUAAUAACAAAAUUUAAUAACUGUAAUAAAUUGAAGCUAAUAAACUGGUUAGUAAAAUAAUUU